UAUAGUUUCGUUUCUCGGAGCCCAUUUUUGUUUCUGACUCUCGGGACAGCUGCAGACGGGGCGAUGGCGGCGCUGGAGUCCGAAGCGGGCCUGUCGGGGCUGGAGGAGGAUCUCACCUGCUCCAUCUGCCUCUGCCUCUUCAGCAGCCCCGUGACGGUGCCCUGCGGGCACAACUUCUGCGCCUCCUGCCUGGAGCUCAGCUGGGCCGGCCUCUCGGGGGGCUUCAGCUGCCCGCAGUGCCGGGCCACCUUCGCGGGCCGCCCGCAGCUGCAGAAGAACACGGUGCUGUGCCGGGUGGUGGAGCAGCUCCAGGGCCGCGCCGGGGCCAAGGGCGAGGAAGAGGAAAAUGAGGAUGGGGAUGGGGAUGGGGAGGCGGGGGGGUGCUGUGCGGAAGAGCCCCCCGUGCCCUGCGACAGCUGCCGGGAGGCGCCUGCCGUGCAGACCUGCCUGACCUGCACCGCCUCCUUCUGCGCCGAGCACCUGCGGCCGCACCGCGACAGCCCCGCGUUCCGCGACCACCAGCUCUGCCCGCCCCUGCGCGACCUGCAGCUGCGCAAGUGCCCCCAGCACAACAGGCUCUUCGAGUUCUUCUGCGGCAAGCACGGGGUCUGCAUCUGCUCCCUCUGCCUGCUCGGGCACAAGCUGUGCCCCACCAGCCCCUUGGAGCAGGCAAAAGCCGCUGCCCAGUCGGCACUGAAGAAAAAACUCGUGGAGCUGCAUAACCAGGGUGAAAGAACUGCCCGGGCAAUGAGCACGGUGAAAACAAACCAGAACCAAGCUGCUGAGACAGCUUCAAGAAAGAAGGAAUUGAUCAGAAAUGAGUUUUCAGAAAUAAAAGCUGUAAUUGAAACAAGAGAAAACGAGAUCAUGAAAGCAAUUACAGAGGAAGAAAAGAGAGUUUGGAAUAAGUUUGAUUAUAUUUACAGUGUUCUGGGAAAUAAGAAGAAUGAAGUUCAGUCUCUCAGAGAUCAGAUUGAGAUGGCACUGACUGAAAGUGAUGACGUUCUGUUUUUGAAGAGAGCAGCAGCACUGCAACAAACAUCAGCAAAAGAGGCUUUUGUUCCUGUAGUUGAAAUGGACCAAAAUGUGUUGCAUUCCACUUACCAGUCUGCCAUUAUGCUCAAAGACAUAGUGAAAAAUUCAGUGACUCAGAGUAGGGAGAAAAAAGAAGAAGCCAAACCUGUGAAAAUUAAGGCCCCUCCAGCAGCUCAUCCAAACAAACCCCAAGUUGGAAAAAAGGCUCACGGACCACACCAGACCCACAAAGAGAAAACGGUUCCCCAGGCUCAAAACACUUCUCAGGUCGAGACAGAUACCAAGGAGAAAAAGAAAGCGGCUAAAGUUGCACCAACCCCAGCACCAACCACCACAACUGCUGCUGCUAAAGAGCUCAUUGACAGCUUCCUGAAGAAACCCAGAGAGGAGCUCUUGCAGUAUGCUGCCAACAUCACGCUGGAUUACAACACAGCUCACAACACCGUGGUUCUGUCUGAGAACUACACCAGGAUGUCCAUCUCAGAUGCCUUUGUGGGUCACAAGUACCACCCUCAGCGCUUCACCGAUUACCGCCAGGUGCUGGGCUUCCAGUGCUUCAAGAGGGGCAUCCAUUACUGGGAGGUGCAGCUGCAGCAGGGCAGCUUCUGCGGCGUCGGCGUCUGCUACGGCAGCAUGGAGCGCCAGGGCCCCGAGAGCCGCCUGGGCAGGAACAGCAAGUCCUGGUGCGUGGAGUGGCUCAACUCCAAAAUAUCGUCCUGGCACAACGAUGUGGAAAAGUGCCUGCCCAACACAAAGGCUACCAAGAUCGGGGUGCUGCUCCACUGCGAGGGGGGCUUCGUGAUUUUCACGGCGGUGGGGGAGAAGAAUAACUUGAUCUAUAAAUUCAAAGCCCAGUUCACCGAAGCCUUGUACCCAGCCUUCUGGCUGUUUUCCAGUGAUGCCGUUCUCUCUCUGUGUCACAUGAAAGAGUAAGGUGUUGUAUCUCACUUUAGUUCAUUUACAGCACAGAUAAUCUGUCUCAAAGAUUCAUUGUUUGAUACAAAAAUUGUAAUCUCUUUUAAGCAGUAUAGGAAAUCUGCCAAUUCUUUGGUAUGAAUUGCUAAAGCCUUUAGAUAGUGAUUUAGCAAAAUGUUUUUGAUAGUAAAAACUAUAAUGGUUUGCAAAGGUCCUGAUUGCCCUAAAUCAAAGUUGUGAUGCAAAUCCUUGUUAAAUGUCUUCAGUGGCCCCUGUGGCUUCUGUGGUUUCCUGUAAAGGAGCAACAGAAUUAAUCUGUUCCACGGGUAACAAUAACCCUUUUGAGAAAGAAACGGGAAGAAUUUCUUGACAAAGUCAGGCUUUGAGGGAGGGGAGGUCUCACUGUUGCCUUUUUGCCCGUGCACAGACUGUUGUCCAUACAGGUGUUCAGUAUGUGACACCAGUGUGUGACUCCACCAGGUGCUACAGAAAGAGCUUUUGAAACCCAUGAGUUCAGGUUUUAUGGCUCUGAGUUACAAAACCCAUUAUGAUCUCAUCAGGAUGGAACCGCGGAGACUUUUAGAAUUGAUGGGAAAGAAAUGGUAUUAGAAUCACCAGGAAACAAAUGACAUCAGCUGAGGCACUGAGAAUACACCAGAGAGUUGUCAGGAAGACAUCCUGCAGAGCAGUGGUGUGCAUCCUGUGAUGAAGAUUGUGGGAUGAAACAUUGUGUCAUCUUCUGACCCAGAAAAUGCUUCACAUCUUCACACUGAAGGCUCUUCAGUGCUGGUUUUGGUGGGUUUUUUUGUGUGUGUGUGCUGAGGAGUUCAGGGGGUGCAUUCCUGCUCUCAGUCUCCUGUCAUAAAGCUUUUCCUCUUUAUGAGGUGGGAUAUUCUCUGCUGGUGUCUCUUUAGCUUAAAGAGUGUCUCCUGUCAUAAAGCUUUUCUUCUUUAUGAGGUGGGAUAUUCUCUGCUGGUGUAUCUUUUGUUGUUCAGGUGGUAGGAAUUGGAUUUCUUGCAUGUUUUUGGGACUCCAGUUUGAGGAGUCUCAAGACAGAGAUACCUGAUACCUGCAAAUUCCUGAAAAAUGCUGGUUCCUCUCGGCAUGAAACCUGUGGGCAGACAGGGUGAGUCUUUUGACAUACAGAGGAUUAGCACAAAGGAGCAUAUACAUCCAUUCCUCCUGGGAUGGAUUUUUAAUUCUCUUGGUGUUCUUUGGGGUUGUGGUAUGUCUUCAGAGCUUCGCACCAGGUACAGAGAAAUCUGUACGUCUUACUUAUAACUUUAAAACAAUCUGUAGGCAAUCAAGGUAUUUGGAUCUCAUAGUUAUUGGGCCUGUAUCUUGUUGGUGCCUCUGGACUUAGUGUGCCAGCUCUUAUUUCUUGUAGCCCAUGGGAAGCUCACACGAGAGCCUUCCUGGACUUUGAUUUGUAAGAUUCCCCUUACAGGACUUGGUGAAAUAGAACACAAAGCCACUGCUGGCACUUUGGCAGGGAAUUGCUAGAAGGCUUUAAAGAACCUCUGUGAACUACAUUCCACAUUAGCCAAAGUGCUUUGGAGAGAGGCUUUCAGGAAUUCAGGCUUGGUGUCUCUAUUUUUACUUGGUUUGUAAACUCUUGGUUCUUUGUCAAGGACAGCACAAGUCUCAUUUCUUCCCAUUUUUUGGUCAGAAUAGGAUAUGGAAUUGGUGGUGGAUCUGAAAGUGCCAUGGCUGUCUUUGGAGCAGUUCCACUCUCUCAAGGGUCUCCACUUUCCAAAGCAGUCAGCACUAAAACUCCCAUCCUGAGCAGAAUGCUGCAAAAGGUGCUGAAGUAGGCUGUGUCCUGCUGGGAGCCAACAAUGCGUGACAAACCAGGGUUUCUGCCCUUCCAGUUUUUCAGCAGUGAAAAAUAAGAGCAGUUCCCUCUGAGAAAUCCUUUUGCUGCUUGGCCGUGCCUCAGUGGCUGUAGAUCCACUCAGCAGGGUGCUGAAGGAGUACUCUGUCCCCUUGGUUGUGGGCAAAACUGUGCUCUGGCAGCCUGUGCAGUGGAGAAAAUCCCCAUCCUCUGUUCCUUGCUUCUUGACUUUAGAGAGGUGUCAGUACUGCGCUCUGAGUCUAUGGACUUCUGUGGCCACAGUCUGGAGGGACACCCAAACAAAGUAAAGAGAAGCUUCUAUUCUGCCUUGUGGGAUAUAGUUGGAUUCUUGACAUGGGACACUGGUGUAGGACCAAGCAUGUGGAACACAUGAGGUGCCCUGCAGUGAAACAAGCUUUCUCCUGGGCCCCUGAUCCUGUGUUUCCUGAUCCUUUCUUUUGUGCUAUGAAUGACUACAAAUCAUAGAGUGAAGUUCUGUUAAUUUGGAAUUCACAGAAUAUUCUGAGUUGGAAGGGACUCACAGGGGUUACUGAGUCCAGCUCCUAAGUGAAUGACUUGUACUGGGAUGGAACCUUGGCAUUACUAGGACCAAUCUGUGGGCUUCUGAGAAAUGUUGUUUUGGUUAGCUUCAGGUAUCUUGCAUGUAUUCAAACAUUACUGUGAUAUAACUAUUAUAAUUAAUAAUAAACAGUAGUGUGUUUAGGAAAAAUACUAGUUACUGCAUGAGAAAUGAUCUUUUUAAAAUCUUUUCAACACAAUUGAAGUGGUAGUGCAUAGUACCUGUCAGAGCUGCACUGGUUUUAAACAAGACAUAUAUAGGAGCAUAUAUUUUGAUUGUAAUUCUCUUUUUAGUAUUACAAAGAAAGCAACUUAGUCUAGAAAAAGAACUAAUUCUGGUGUUAACACCAUGAGAAUGUGCAUUGAUUUACAUUUUAAUAUACAAGUGAGAGUAAAUCAAAAAAGUUGCUGAAUGAAAAUAAAUGAAUGCUUAAUCUUCAAUUACAGACAUCAGUAAAACAGUGUACUUAGAAAAAUAAAUGCUUAUGUGGUUAUAAACCUCUUGAUCAUGCUGAUAUAUCAACCAUGUGCUUCAGCCUUUAUAAGGUGUGCUCUUGUUUGUAGCUGUGCCAGCCACACCCAGGCAGAGCCACCACCAUGGAUUUUGUGCCAUCUGCUCCAUGUGCCUGUGACCACUUCUGGAGCUGGAUGGUGAUGGUUUGAAUUCAAUAAAUACAGUAAACCCUG